UUGACAUAUUCGCACGAGUAAGUGGGAAAAUAAAUUCAAAAAAGUUUGUGCUUGCCUUCAUCUGCGGGCUGGCCAAGCAUUUAGAGGCUCGAUGUGCUCAAUGCCCAAAUGCACCGCCUGGUCAUAUUGUCCGGCUCCUCACAUCCAGAGUUCACACAACUGAUAGCCGAGCAUUUAAACAUUGCGGAGACGCAGGUGUUGCGUGGCAAGUUCGCUAAUGGCGAGAUACGUUUCGAGCUGGAGGAGUCGAUCCGGGGCGCCGAUGUGUUCAUUGUCCAAUCGCAUUGUGGGGCUGUCAACGACAUGCUGAUGGAGCUAUUGAUUAUGGCCCAGACAUGUCGUUAUGCAUCGGCCCAUCGCAUCACAGCCGUGCUGCCCUUCUUUCCAUAUGCGCGUCAGGACAAGAUGCAGUCCUUCCAUCAGCCCAUUACGGCCAAACUGGUGGCCAACAUGCUGGUCUUGGCUGGCGUAGAUCACGUCCUCACCCUGCAUUUGCAUGCGGAUCAGCUGCAAGGCUUCUUUGACAUACCCUGCGACAAUCUAAGCGCCGAGAUUGCAAUCAUACCCUGGAUACAGCGCUAUCUGCCCAACUGGCAGGAGAUGGUGAUUGUGGCGCCCGACAAUGGAGCCGUUAAAAUCGCCUCCUCGAUUGCCGCUCAACUGGACCUGCGCAUGGCAUUGCUGCACAAGGAUCGAGUGAAACCGGGUGAGGUGCGCGACAUGGUGCUGGUGGGCGAUGUGACUGGGAAGCCGGCCCUAUUGGUUGAUGAUAUGGCAGACACCAGUCGCACAUUGCUGUUUGCCACGCAACGUUUGAUUGAGGCAGGCGCUUCGAAAGUCUAUGCCGUUGUCACUCACGGCGUCUUCUCCGGCAAUGCUAUCCAGCUGCUCACGGAGUCGCCCAUCGAGCUCAUCAUGUGCACCAACUCCUUGCCACAGGCGGCAUGUGAUUGUGACAACAAGAAAUUCCAUGUCAUCGACAUUUCACGAGUCUUCAAACAAUGCAUACUCCAUAUGCACAAAAACAAGAGCGUCCAUCAACUCUUUGCAAGCCGUUCAAUGGCCUUGACCGAUGACGAUCAUUUACAGCUCGAGGAUGCAGAACAGGUACUUGAGGAGGACCUGGUGGUUAAACAGCAGCUGGAAAAACAAAAAUCGGAAACCCUAAUCAAUGAAAGCAAAGUGGGGUUUCGCCUCAGCAAAAGAUGAUUGUGCACAAUAAAUAUAUUGGAAUAUGAUUUCAUAAACAA